AUGUCCUCAACUGAUAAAGCUUCAUUGCCAUUCACCGAACAACAUUACUUCUCUUCAUAUGACCAUUUUGGUAUCCAUGAAGAAAUGUUGAAGGAUACUUCUCGUACUCUCUCUUAUCGUUCUGCCAUGUUUAAGAAUAAGCAUCUUUUCAAAGACAAGGUUGUAUUAGACGUUGGAUGUGGUACUGGUAUUUUGUCAAUGUUUGCCGCUAAGGCAGGUGCCAAACAUGUAUAUAGUGUGGAUAUGUCAAACAUCAUUGAAAAGGCUAAGGAAAUCGUCAGCUUAAACGGAUUUGAAGACAAAAUCACUUUAUUACAAGGUAAGUUAGAAGAUAUCGAAUUACCAGUUAAAGAAGUCGAUAUUAUUGUCAGUGAAUGGAUGGGUUACUUCUUAUUGUAUGAAUCAAUGUUAGACACCGUUUUGUAUGCGCGUGACAAAUAUCUUGUUAAGGGAGGUUUGAUCUUACCAGAUAAGUGCUCCAUGUACAUUGCCGGAAUUGAAGAUGCUGAAUACAAGGACGAAAAGAUCCACUACUGGGAAGAUGUUUAUGGAUUUGAUUACACUCCAUUCAUCAAGAUUGCUAUGGUCGAGCCAUUGGUUGACACUGUAAACAAUAACUCUUUAAUUACCACUCCACAUAAAUUUUUUGAAUUCGACAUCAACACUGUUACUAAGGAAGGUUUAGCAUUCCACAGAGAUUUCGAAUUAAAGGCUAUCGACAAUGAUCAAUGCCAUGCUUAUAUCGCAUGGUGGGACUGUGAAUUUCCUGGUGAUGAAAAAGUUACCUUAUACACAGGUCCAAUGAAGCAGUACACUCACUGGAAGCAGACUGUAUUCUACAUGGAUCAAGUUUUGAAUCUUAAGAAGGGUGACAUUAUCAAGGGAUCUAUUGCAUCAAGACCAAAUGAUAAGAAUCCAAGAGAAUUAGAUAUUGAAAUUGAAUGGGAUUUAAAGACUGAAGCCAAAGAUGCUUCAAGAGAUCAAAAGGGUAAGUACAACUACUUUAUGCGUUAA